UUGUGACAUAUUUAGAUAAUUGAAUACUAUUCAAUAAAAGCGAGUGAGCUGCUGCUACAUGCAGCAAUGUAUGGAUGAAACUCACAGAAUGUUCAACAAAAAAAGCCAGAUAUAAGAGUUUAUAUCCCAUUUAUUUGAAGUUCGAGAGUAGACAAAACUCAUCUUUGGUGAUAGAAGACAGAAUCGUGCUUUGGUGGUAUUGAGGGGGUAGAGGCAGGAAGGAUCCUGCUGGUGUGCUCGAAAUGUUCUGUAUUGAUUUGGACGGUGUUCCCACUGGUGUAUAUAUGAAUAAGAGCUCCACAAGCUGUAAACGUAAGAUUUGUGCAUUUCACAGUAUGUAUGUUAUUCCUUAGAAAAUUACCAACAAAAAAAAGCAAAAGAACUGAGAGUGUCAUGUAAAUGUAAGUGCUAAGAAGGAAUUAAGCGAUGUGAUGGGUAGAUGGGAGGUUGACUGACCAGAGCUGAGACCUGAAUGGCGAUGAGGAGGUAGCCACAUAAUGAGCGGAGGGACUUCCUGUGAGAGGGGACAGCAAGUGCAAAGGCCCUGAGGCAGGACCACAUUUGCUGUGUUGGAGGAACAUAGUCAAGGCCAAUGGACUGGAACACUGUAAGCAGGGCCAAAGCAAGCCUUUAUUUAGGGUGGCUUUUUUAAGAGCGAGUGGAAAGCAUGAAAGGUAUGAGAUAAGGGGUGCUGGGUAUACUUUCUCAGGCGUAAGGGAGAGAGAAACCUUUGAUGACUUUUAAUUCUGUGGCUGGGACAUCUGGAAGGCCGGACGCUGGGGUUCCACUGACAGCAGGACUGGGGAGGCAGUGGAGUCAGGGUUGGUUUGGACCCUUUAAAGUGGACCUACUUUUUAAUAUCCCUGGAGUUGUUGGGGGAGGCAGUGGGUGGUGGGGCUGAAGUUGUGCGCCAGCCCCAGGCUAGGCACUCAUGUCUGGAGCACACAGGUGGCAUUUCCAGCUUCAGGCACCUGGGGGAACAGACAGCAAGAAGGAACACAGGGUGUUUGAUGACAUGAGGUUUUCUGGAAAGAGACUCGAACUGCUGAGGGUUUGGAUUGAGACUGUUUUAAAAGUGCUUCUUUAACAAGCUCUCUUGAGUGCUCUCCCCACCAGGCACUGAGCGCCCCAAGGUGAGCAGACUGCCUGGGCUUCCGUGUCCAGAGCCAGAGCCGCAGGCACUGAAAUGCAGAUCCCAGGGCCCACCUGUGACCUUCUGAUGCGGAGUGCUGGAGGCAUCUGCAUUUUCCAAGUUCCCUGGCCCUUUGAUACCUCUUUCCCGCCGCUCUGAAGUUAACUAGCUCCGUCCUCCUGCAUCCCGCUCUCCAGCUGCACCAGCUGCACUCGCUCGCGGGCCAGGAUGGGAUUCUGUCUGGCCCUACGCAUGGUGCUGCUGCUCCUGUCCGGGGUCCUGGCCCCUGCAGUACUCACAGCCGAGGGCCCGCAGGAGCCCGCGCCCACCCUGUGGAACGAGCCCGCCGAGCUGCCGUCGGGAGAAGACCCCGUGGAGAGCACCAGCCCCGCCCGGGAGCCCGAGGCCACCGGGCCCCCGGCCCCCACCGCCGCGCCGAGCCCCGAGGACAGCACGGCGCGGGAGCGUCUGGACCAGGGUGGCGGCUCGCUGGGGCCCGGCGCCAUCGCGGCCAUCGUCAUCGCCGCCCUGCUGGCCACCUGCGUGGUGCUGGCGCUCGUGGUCGUCGCGCUGAGAAAGUUUUCCGCCUCCUGAAGCGAAUAAAGGGGCCGCGUCCCCGCCGCGGCGCGACUCGGCUCUACCCUC